AUGAAUGUGCACAGUUUCAAAGUUUACGUUACGAAGACCGAAAGUCUCAUAACAAAAUUAGAACCCAUUAAACCGGCGUACGAUAAGCCUAAGGGUAUCUUCAUUGACGUGCUACCAAUCGACUACCAUUCCAAUUCCUACUUUUGCUCCCUGGCCGCAGCUUAUGUUACAACAUUCAAGUGUGAAAUUUACGAGGAUCAUCUUACGAAUAAUCUUCCGGACUCACACUCCAACAUAGAAACCUCCAUCGUUUGCUUUCACCUCCAUUUCCGCCUUUCAAGAUUUAUGCGUAAUCCCAAACUUCUUAAUCAGUACAUGACGGAAGACGAUAUACGAACCAUCCGAAAAUUCACACCCGUUCACGAAUCGUGGGAAAAAAAGAACUACGACAAGCCGGCAGAUGUCCGGAAAAGGAAACGACGUCAAAAAUAUCAUCAGACCAAAUACGGAGGCACAUUUAUCGAAUACGAAUACCUGACCGGCAGGUCCCCCUCCGACGUUGAAAAUGAUUACAAGAUCCUUAUACCCAAAGCAUGCCAGGACUCACCAGAGUUGGACAAAAGCUAUUCCAACAGUCAAUCGAGGCUUUCGUGUCUUCCGUCCUGGGGGCGCAAGCUAAAACCUGAUGGAGUAUUACGGGACAGGGUGCAAAGAGUCUACAAACGCAGGAAGUCUUUCAGAAGGUGA